AUGUGGCAAGGAAUUGUCCCAGCGCGUAUGAGUAGAGGCGACGGGACCGCAGGAGCGACGCACCACGCCGAGGGGGACAGCGGGACUCCAUGGCAGCAGCAACGGGGGAAGAGCAGCAACGAGGAGCCACAGACCGCUGGGAGCGCUGGGCUCGACCCGACAGGAGCGCCAGGGACCAAGAAGGACCCUGCCCCUGGAGCGCCUACAGAGAAGCAGCAGAUGAUGGAGACGAGGACUACUAUGAAGACCACAAGUCGUAUUGUUUUAAAUUGA